AUGGGCGCCUUUUCAUUCUAUCAUUCAUCACAGAUGAGCCACUUGAUGCGUAGAGGUUCACUCACAAGGGCAAACUCUAUCUAUGGUUUCAUUCGUUCUCGACAAAACAGUCCUGGUGACUUGAUGUUUGAAGUUCAGGGUGGCGACAUCCAACCUCUCGAAGAUGCGUCACCAACGGCAGGACUGUCGCCGGCAUCUGCAUCCAUGCGACGCUGCAUCACCUCUGGAUCAGAUCUUUCUGCGAGUCCUACACGCGGCAUCUUUCAAGAAUUCCCGGCAUCCCCAUCAACCCUCAAUUUUGGCGAGACACGUCGUAACAGCAUUGGUGCUGCAGCGAUGCUCUUCAUUCCUCGAUACAACCCUGAACGUCCGGAUGAAUACAAGCGUGCGCAUCAACACAUCUUUGGUGGUCGUGCAUCUCAGUUUUCACCACCAGACAGACCUCCUCCCUCACCGCCUGCAACGCGCACCGGUCGCUCACCGAGACGAGAGCCCAUGCCUCGUCAUUUGAGCGCGACGAGUCAGCCUGAUUGGGUGAGCUCAUUGAGCAGUCCGCCUGCAUUGGAGGAAGUCAAGACACCAGAGACUGAUGUACCACUCAGUGCAUGGCUUCAGGCUGAGCCCAUCCAGUGGAACAACACGGCUCUUGGAGGACCUUUGUCGAGCACAGUGAUUACAAGAUCGCCAUCACCAUUGAAGCCUAGCAAAAGACGACCAAGACCUACACCGUUAUGCCUUGCCUCUUCUUCCUUCAUUGAGAUUGAGAAACGCAGUGCAAGCAUGUCGAGUGGCUCGAGCGCCAUGUAUACGCAGUCUUCUGCAGUUGGUUCAAGUACGUCUGAGUCGUUGUAUGCGCAACGCUCGCCCAUGUCGCCGUUGGCCAAGAGGUCGUUCGUCGCCAGGAGCGGUAGCGCUCCAUUGCAGUACGAGACUAAAAUAUAG